AAUGAAUAUAAUAGUCAUUGAAUAAAGUUUGAAUACAAAGAACUAUAUGCAAGUAGAUACUAAUCAUGAUAAUCUAAGUUUAGAGGCACAUUUUGUAAUUGAAGGUCCUUAAAUUCGAACAAUUUUGGUGGAAAAAUUCCGUCUUCAAUUGGGAAUCUAGCAAACCUGAAUUGGCUUGAUUUAACAAAAAAUGAAUUUGAAGGAGCAAUCCCAAUAUCCCCUAGUCUUGACAUGCUCCUGAAAGCACAGCACUUGAUUCUUGAUAACAAUCGGCUAACCGGUGAGAUUCCGGACACAAUUGGAAUUGUUCAGAAUCUAACUUUGAUGAUAUUUUGCAACAAUAAGCUGGAAGGUCCCCUGCCAAAUAUUACUGGAAUGAGCUCCCUGAAAUACUUGGAUUUGAGCAAUAAUGCCUUUGUUAGCACAGAUUUUUUCACAAUGGCUUUUGACUAUGAAGAAUUUAACAACAUUGAGGCGAACCUUUCUGGACAAAUACCUGCUGAUUUCUUUAGCCUUCCCUCUUUGCAGCAUAUGGUGCUAAGUGAGAAUCAUCUUAAUAGAACACUGAAUCUUGUCCCCAACUAUAGCAAAAAGUUGCAACUUAUUGAUUUGCACUCGAAUUGAAUUGUUUUCCAUUGACUAGCGUAGAGGAAUCAUCAUUCAUCAACACUUGUUAUGUUUUGGACUUAACUUAUUUUCUCUAUUUCUUUGUCAUGAUCAAGAGCCUAAGCAGUUGAGUAACUCAUCAAACACUGCAAUGUUGAUUGGUGCGGCUGUUGGUGGUUCUUUUGUCCUUGUGUUAUUACUACUUGCAGGUGUUUCAGAAGCUAAGGGCAGAAAGAGCGAUUUCUCGAAACAAUCCUCUUGGUAGUUUUUAAUGACAAAUGUCUUUUAUGUUUUCUUAUUCGUGUCUUAACAAUCCAACAGACUACAUGUAUUCAUGAGCAGUUGUGUCUGUGUAGAUGAGUUAAAGGCAGCAAGGCAGUUCUCUUUUAAAGAACUUAAGUAAUACACUAACAACUUUUCACGAGCUCAAAAGGAAUCGAAGCAGGGCAGGUUAGAAUUCAAAAAGCCGAGAUUGAACUCCUUUCAAGGGUUCACCACAAGAAUCUGGUAAGCCUAGUUGGAUUCUGCUUUGAAGAAGGGGAGCAGCUGCUGGUUUAUGAUGGAGAUGAAAAUGCAUUCAGUUAUGAUGGCAAGUUGAAAUUGAUUGUAUAACAAAUUCUGUUAGAAAUUAGUGUUGCUAAGUCAGCUUAUCAUUAUCUUAAUUGGUUAAUUGCUUUAAAUUAAAUUAGGAAUUAGGGAUAAGUUAGUAAUAUAAA